UUGAAGAUUAAAUUAAUUUCCAAUCAUGUGUUUAGUUUAAUGUUUUUGUAUUCAUAAUCUUGAUCUUAUUUAAGAAUAAAUAACAGUUAUAGGAGAUGUUUCCAGAGACUGUGCAGACUUUAUUUUGGAUGUGUGGGUGUUGGAGGGUCCGUGAACGCAGCACCGCUCCAGGGCGUGGCCGUGCACCUGUCCGACCUGUUCGGAGGAGGGACACAUGACUCCGGAGGAAUUCGUGCCGCUGCCGCCGUCCUUUGUUUAACGGCUCCUCUACAGCGGGAGGCGGCGGCGGAGAGCCAGAGGAGACGGACACGGACCGAGGAGAGAUGUCGGAACCAGCCACGAACCCCGCGGUCACCGCCGUCCCCGGACCGACCCUGUCUCUGCCUCUGGGCCUGGAGGUUCUGAGGACGUCUUCUGGAGCUCUGGUCUGCUUAGAAAUACUUUUCGGAGGCCUCGUCUGGAUCCUGGUGGCCUCCUCCAACGUUCCCGUUCCUCUGCUGCAGGGCUGGGUGAUGUUCGUCUCCGUCACCACCUUCUUCCUCUCCUCCGCCUACCUCACUCUGCUCCUCACUGGUCUGGCUGAUCGCAUCGACACCGACUGGAACUUCCUGGAUAUGGUUUACCAUUUCACGGCUUUGCUGUUCUACUUCGCUGCCUUUGUGUUAGAAGCGGCGACUACAGCAGCAAAUGGAGGAGCCCACAUCAAUCCUCUGCCAAACAGCACUGAAGCUGUCAUGUGUAUAACCUACCCUCGAGGCAACAUAUUUACAGUCCUGAGUGGAACACAAUACAGUAUUAAUGUGGCAGCCACGGUAUUUGCCUUUGUGGUGACGAUAUGCUACGGUUGCAGUAUGGUGAUGGGCAUUAAGAGGUGGAGGAUGUAACCGGGAGAAUGAACACAAACUAAUUUUACAAUGGCUUCAUAACUUCAACAUGUAUUAAAGCAUCAGACAGAGCUCCACAGAGAGCACUGCUCCUCAGCUCAGUUAAGUGACACUUCACAGGAAUCUCAAAUCAGAAAUCAGAAAGCAGCACUACAUCAACAAUGGAAAAAUCUAGAUGUCAAGAUUCCUGGAGAGUAAACUUCCUAAAAAAAUUCAUCUUCUGAGGCGUUGAAAUGAUCAGUUUCAAGUAGAUUCUGAUUCAUCUAUGAUAGUUGGAUGUAAGUAUGAAUUUGAUUCCCUUGUUGCUAACCAGCGGUUUUGCAACUAUCUAUUCUAAUAAAGAUUUAUAGGGGAAGUGAAGGGAAGUUGUGAGUGGGCAGCAUGACAGGGGAAUUAUGUAAGAUAAAAAUGAUGCUUCAGCGUUAUGGUUUUGUUCGUCUUGUGUUUAUCAUGCAGAUAUUUCCCCAUUUCCUUAGUCACACUCUCACAGAAAGAAAUAUUUCCCAUUUUCAGUACCAUAAACACGUGCCGACAUAUGCUGCUAACAGAUGAUGCACAACACAAAAUUAAUUUGAUAUUUCAAAGACUCUGAAAGGCAGCAUGAUUGUGGGUCGCUGUCUUCAGUUACUCUGGUGCUAAAGAGCUGUAAACUGACUGUAGUUUUAACAUGACUGUUAGGACAUUUUUAUGUGGCCAUUAUUUAAAAUGAAGUUAAUCACAAAUUUGAAUGUCUUGUUCUUGAUUUUUAUCAGUACAUAAUAAUAAAUAAUAAUAAUGUUGGUUACUGUUUAGUCUUUCUGAAUGCUCUCCUGUUUAGCUAACUUCCCUGACCUACUGAUGAAUAAAAUGUAUCUGGGAAAACCUUCA